AUGCGAAGAGAAUUUAGGGAAUCUUGCAAAAGCAGAACAGACCGGUUUAGCGAUGAAAUGGUUGUGGAUGGUGGAGAGAGGAAAGUGCCUCCUGGGUAUUCUGUCUGUGUGAGCGAGGGAGAACAAAUGAUGGAGGAUUUAUUCUCUGUAUGUAAUGUGGCUCUAGAUAAUCUACAGAUAAAAGAAAAUGCUCUGAGUGAAUUGGAUGUUCCUUUUAAAGUCAAGGCUGGCCAGAUCGAUAAAUUAACUUUGAAGAUUCCUUGGAAAAACCUUUAUGGAGAAGCAGUUGUUGCAACCCUAGAAGGAUUAUAUCUGCUUAUUGUCCCUGGAGCAAGUAUCAAAUAUGAUGCUGAAAAAGAAGAAAAAUCCUUGCAGGAAAUUAAGCAGAAAGAGCUCUCCCGAAUUGAGGAAGCCCUUCAAAAAGCAGCAGAGAAAGGCGUGCACUCAGGGGAGUUCAUAUAUGGCUUGGAAAACUUUGUUUACAAGGACGUCAAGCCUGGACGUAAACGUAAAAAGCACAAAAAACAUUUUAAGAAACCUUUUAAAGGUCUUGAUCGCUCAAAAGAUAAGCCAAAAGAAGCCAAAAAAGAUACAUUUUUGGAAAAAUUGGCCACUCAAGUAAUAAAAAAUGUACAAGUAAAAAUCACAGACAUUCACAUUAAAUAUGAAGAUGAUGUCACCGAUCCCAAGCGGCCUCUGUCAUUUGGUGUCACGUUGGGAGAACUUAGUCUAUUGACUGCAAAUGAACAUUGGACUCCAUGCAUAUUAAAUGAAGCAGAAAAAAUUAUAUACAAGCUUAUACGGCUCGAUAGUCUUAGUGCCUACUGGAACGUGAACUGCAGCAUGUCUUACCAGGGAUCAAGGGAACAGAUCUUGGAUCAGCUGAAAAGUGAAAUUCGUACAAGUAGAAAUAUAUCCUUAAACCAUCAAUACAUUUUCCAGCCAAUAUCAGCCUCUGCAAAACUCUACAUGAAUCCUUACGCAGAAACAGAACUUAAAACACCAAAGCUGGAUUGGAACAUAGAAGUACAAAACAUUGCCAUUGAACUGACCAAGCCUCAGUACUUAAGUAUGAUCGACCUCUUGGAGUCGGUGGAUUACAUGGUUAGAAAUGCUCCUUACAGGAAGUAUAAGCCUUGUUUACCUCUUCACACCAAUUGUCGGCAAUGGUGGAAAUAUGCAAUUGAUUCUGUUCUUGAAGUUCAUAUAAGAAGAUACACACAGAUGUGGUCCUGGAGUAACAUAAAAAAGCACAGGCAGUUACUUAAGAGUUACAAAAUUGCCUACAAAAACAAGUUAACCCAAACGAAAAUGUCAGAAGAAAUACUGAAAGAAAUUCAGGACUUGGAGAAGACUCUAGAUGUUUUUAACAUAGUUUUAGCAAGGCAACAAGCACAAGUUGAGGUAAUUAGGUCUGGGCAAAAAUUAAGAAAAAAGUCUGCUGACACGGGCGAGAAACGUGGAGGCUGGUUUAGCGGGUUUUGGGGCAAGAAGGAGUCUAAGAAAAAAGACGAAGAAUCAUUGAUUCCUGAAACUAUUGAUGACCUUAUGACUCCAGAGGAAAAAGAUAAGCUCUUCACUGCGAUUGGUUAUAGCGAGAGCACCCACAACCUAACUUUACCCAAGCAGUAUGUUGCUCACAUAAUGACCCUGAAAUUAGUGAGCACCUCUGUUACAAUCAGAGAAAGCAGAAACGUUCCAGAAAUACUGAAAAUUCAGAUAAUUGACCUGGGCACCCGAGUAUCUCAGCGACCAGGAGCACAAGCUCUUAAGGUGGAAGCAAAAUUAGAGCAUUGGUAUGUAACAGGUCUGAGACAACAAAAUAUCGUACCAUCACUUGUGGCUUCUAUUGGUGAUACUGCGUCAUCCUUGCUUAAAAUUGAGUUUGAAACCAAUCCAGAGAAUAGUCCUGCUGACCAGACCCUGAUUAUUCAGUCUCAGCCCGUGGAGGUCAUCUAUGAUGCUAAAACUAUCAAUGCCGUGGUUGAAUUUUUUCAGUCAGAUAAAGGGUUGGAUCUUGAACAAAUAACAUCAGCUACAUUGAUGAAGCUAGAAGAGAUUAAAGAGAAAACAGCUACAGGGCUUACACAUAUUAUUGAAACUCGCAAAGUCCUUGAUUUAAGGAUCAAUCUGAAACCUUCUUAUCUAAUAGUUCCACAGACAGGUUUUCACCAUGAAAAGUCAGAUCUCCUCAUUUUGGAUUUUGGUACAUUUCAGCUCAACAGUAAAGAUCAAGGUUUACAGAAGACUACUAAUUCAUCUCUGGAAGAAAUAAUGGAUAAGGCAUAUGACAAGUUUGAUGUUGAAAUAAAGAGUGUACAGCUACUUUUUGCAAGAGCAGAGGAAAAUUGGAAAAAGUGUAGAUUUCAGCAUCCUUCAGCUAUGCAUAUACUGCAACCCAUGGAUAUUCAUGUCGAGUUGGCCAAGGCAAUGGUUGAAAAAGACAUCCGAAUGGCCAGAUUCAAAGUAUCAGGAGGACUUCCACUGAUGCAUGUGAGGAUUUCCGAUCAGAAGAUGAAAGCUGUGCUGUGUUUACUGAGCAGCAUACCUUUGCCACAGAGAUCUGCACAGUCUCCAGAGAGACAGGAAUCUUCAAUUCCUGUUAUUUCAAGUGGAACGAAAGGUCUACUUGGUACUCCAUUGUUGCUAGAUGGAGUAGAAUCAGAGUCCGAUGAUGAAUAUUUUGAUGCUGAAGAUGGAGACUCACAGACUGGUAAAAGUAUGAAAGGAUCAGAACUUAAAAAAGCUGUAGAGGCCCCAAAUGAGGAGCUCAUUAAUCUUCUACUUAAGUUUGAAAUUACAGAAGUGAUUUUGGAAUUUACUAAACUACAGAAGGAAGAAGAUACCAUCCUGGUGUUUAAUGUUACUCAGCUAGGAACAGAGGCUACAGUGAGGACCUUUGAUUUAACUGCAGUAUCUUAUUUAAAGAAAAUCAGCUUGGCUUACCAUGAAAUUCAAGGAUCUAAAAAGAAGCCCCUUCACUUGAUUAGCUCCUUUGACAAACCUGGAUUAGAUCUCUUAAAAGUGGAGUAUAUUAAGGCUGAUAAGAAUGGCCCUAGCUUUCAAACUACUUUUGAAAAAACAGAACAAACAUUUAAGGUGGCCUUUUCAUCUUUAAACCUGUUGCUACAAACACAGGCUCUUCUCUCUUCCAUUAAUUACCUGACAAGCAUUAUUCCUUCAGAAGAUCAAAACACGGGUGUUGCCAAAGAGGUACAAAUUACAGCUGAAAAACAGCAAAAAAAUUCAACUCUUCAAAAAGUGAUUGUAUCUUCUAAAGAUAGCGACAUUAUUGGCUUCAGGCUGUUUGCCAAGUUGAGUGCCUUCUGUGUCAUUGUUUGUGAUGAGAAGAACAUUAUUGCUGAAAUCAAGAUUCAAGGUCUUGAUUCUUCCCUUUCUCUUCAGUCAAGGAAACAGUCACUUUUUGCCAGACUGGAAAAUAUUAUUGUCACAGAUGUUGAUCCUAAAACAAUUCAUAAGAAAGCUGUGUCAAUAAUGGGGAAUGAAGUUUUCCGAUUUAACUUGGAUUUGUAUCCAGAUGCUACUGAAGGGGAUUCGUAUACCGACAUGGCCAAGGUGGAUGGUGUGGUGUCCCUGAAUGUUGGCUGUAUUCAGAUUGUCUAUCUUCAGAAAUUCCUUAUGUCACUUAUGAACUUCAUGAACAAUUUCCAGACAGCCAAAGAGGCUCUGAGUGCAGCAACUGCCCAGGCUGCAGAAAAGGCUGCCACAAGUGUCAAAGACCUUGCCCGGCGGAGUUUUCGUGUUUCUGUCAAUGUCGACUUGAAAGCCCCAGUCAUCGUCGUCCCGCAGUCUUCCAUUUCCACCAACGCAGUAGUGGUGGAUCUCGGCUUAAUCAGAGUGCAGAAUCACUUCCGGCUGGUGUCUGGAGAAGACUACUCACACCCUCCCGUGAUCGACAGAAUGGAUGUGCAGCUAACAGAGCUCAAGCUUUCUAGGACAGUGAUCCAGACAGGCAACUCCCAUCCUGAUAUCCAACUGUUGCACCCAAUUAACUUGCGUUUUUUUGUAAAUCGGAACCUAGCUGCAUCUUGGUACCACAAGGUGCCUGUUGUGGAAAUUAAAGGUCAUCUUGAUUCAAUGAACGUUAGUCUAAAUCAAGAAGACCUUAAUCUUUUAUUUAGAAUACUAGCAGAAAAUCUUGGUGAGGCUACUAAAGAUUUGGAUAAAGGGAAACCAAGAAUACAAGAGACAGGUGAGAUUAGAGAGCCCCUUGACAUCUCCCUAUCACAAGGUGCACAUGCUUCCAAAGGCACUCCGACAGCUGGAGUGGAAGAGAUUCGACCUGUAGACAUCGUUAAUAUGCUGCUGAAUUUUGAAAUUAAAGAGGUUGUGGUGACUUUGAUGAAAACAGCAGAAAAGAAAGGACGGCCUUUACAUGAACUGAAUGUCCUACAACUUGGAAUGGAGGCCAAAGUUAAAACCUAUGACAUGACGGCUACGGCUUACCUAAAGAAAAUUAGUAUGCGGUGCUUUGACUUCCCUGACUCGAAAGGAGAACCUCUUCACAUUAUUAACUCUUCUAAUGUAACUGAUGAACCCCUUCUGAAAAUGUUAUGGACAAAGGCAGAUAGUGAAGGACCAGAAUUUAAAACAGUUCAUGACAAUACCAAACAGAGAAUGAAGGUUUCAUUUUCAUCCUUAGACUUAGUGCUUCAUUUGGAAGCUUUGCUUUCCUUAAUGGAUUUUUUGUCAUCGGCUCUUCCAUCCUCUGAACCUUCCUCUUCCGAGAAGGAGUCUGUGCUGAAACCGCUUGUGGGAGAGUCCAGAAGUAUUGCUGUCAAAGCUGUAUCCAGCAACAUUUCUGAAGAGGGUGUGUUUGAUUUAAAGGUCACAGCUGAAUUAAAUGCAUUUAAUAUCUUUGUGUGUGAUCGACUGUGUAACAUUGCAGAUAUCAAAAUACAUGGCAUGGAUGCCUCUGUUUCUGUGAAGCCAGAGCAGACGGAUAUGUUUGCCAGACUUAAGGAUAUCAUAGUUACAAAUGUUGAUUUGCAGUCUAUUCACAAAAAGGCUGUCUCUAUUUUGGGAGAUGAGGUCUUUAGAUUCGAAAUGACUCUUUAUCCAGAUGCCACCGAAGGAGCAGCCUAUGCUGACAUGUCUAAAGUAGAUGGCAAACUUAGUCUCAAAGUGGGUUGUAUUCAGAUUGUUUAUGUUCAUAAAUUCUUCAUGUCUCUAUUGAACUUCCUCAACAAUUUCCAAACUGCCAAAGAAGCUCUGAGUGCAGCCACAGCCCAGGCUGCAGAACGAGCUGCUUCCAGCAUGAAGGAUUUGGCUCAGAAAAGUUUCCGCCUCUUGAUGGAUAUCAACUUGAAAGCACCAGUUAUUAUUAUUCCUCAGUCUUCAGUAUCACCGAAUGCUGUUAUAGCAGAUCUGGGUUUAAUCAGAGUGGAGAAUAAAUUUAGUUUGGUUCCUAUGGAACAUUCUUCUGUUCCUCCAGUCAUUGAUAAAAUGAACAUCGAGCUCACCCAGUUGAAGCUGUCCAGAACGAUUUUGCAGACCGAUUUAUCACAACAAGACAUUGAAAUUUUAAAACCAGUCAACCUGCUUUUGUCUGUACAGCGAAAUUUAUCAGCAACAUGGUAUACACAAGUUCCAGGAAUGGAGAUAAAGGGAAAAUUAAAACCUAUGCAAGUUGCCCUUAGUGAAGAUGACUUAACAGUGUUGAUGAAGAUUUUGCUGGAAAAUCUCGGUGAGGCUUCUUCUCAGCCACACCCUACCCAGUCUGCCCCGGAGACUGUGAGAAUGAGGAAAGAUGUUCUGAGUGGGCCUGACCAGCUCAAAGAACAAGAAGAUUUGACAAACUCAAAGCUUUCUGUGGACCCCAACGUCUCUCUGCAAUUUGACUUCUACUUUGAAUCUCUGUCCAUUAUUCUUUAUAAUAAUGAUAUCAACCAGGAGUCCAAACUUUCAUUUCAUAAUGACCGUUUCCGGCUUGGCGAACUUAGACUCCACCUUAUGGCCUCCGCUGGGAAGAUGUGUAAGGACGGCUCCCUGAAUGUCAGCCUUAAGCUUCAGACAUGCACCCUCGAUGACCUCAGAGAAGGCAUUGAGAGGGCAACCUCCAGAAUGAUUGACAGAAAGAGUGACCAAGAUAACAACAGUUCUAUGAUUGAUGUAAGUUACAAACAAGACAGAAAUGGAAGCCAGAUCGAUGCUGUUCUUGACAAGCUGUACGUGUGUGCCAGCGUGGAAUUCCUGAUGACUGUGGCCGAUUUCUUUAUCAAAGCCAUGCCUCAGAGUCCCGAAAAUGUAGCAAAAGAAACACAGAUUCUGCGACAGACUGCGGCAGGGAAAGCCAGGGCAGAAAAAGAUGACUCUGUAAGACCAAACAUGACCUUAAAGGCUAUGAUCACAGAUCCGGAAGUGGUGUUUGUCGCCAACCUGACCAGGGCCGAUGCUCCCGCUCUGACAGCCUCGUUCCAGUGCAACCUCUCCCUGUCAACAUCCAAACUGGAACAGAUGAUGGAAGCUUCUGUCCGAGAUCUGAAAGUGCUCGCCUGCCCUUUUCUCAGGGAGAAGAGAGGGAAGAACAUUACUACAGUUUUGCAACCCUGCUCUUUAUUUAUGGAAAAAUGUACAUGGGCUUCUGGAAAACAAAACAUAAAUAUUAUGGUAAAAGAAUUUACAGUUAAGAUUUCACCCAUAAUUCUCAAUACUGUGAUGACAAUAAUGGCUGCUAUGUCUCCAAAGACCAAAGAAGAUGAAUCCAAAGAUACAUCCAAAGAAAUAGAAAAUCUGUGGGGCAUCAAAUCUAUCAGUGAUUAUAAUUCCUGGUUUCUUGGUGUUGACAUGGCAACAGAAAUAACAGAAAGCUUCAAUGACAUUGGACAUCCCAUGACAGAGGAAAACUGCGCUAUUGCUGUGGAGGCCGUUCAGGUGACCCUGGAGUGUGGUCUUGGCCAUCGGACUGUCCCUUUGUUGUUAGCAGAGUCUAAGUUUUCAGGAAAUAUUAAGAAUUGGACUUCUCUAAUGACUGCUGCUGCUGACAUGACCCUGCAGGUUCACUAUUACAAUGAGAUCCAUGCUGUCUGGGAGCCACUGAUUGAGAGAGUGGAGGGGAAAAGACAAUGGAACUUAAGGCUUAAUGUGAAAAAGAACCCGGUCCAGGAUAAAAGUUUGAUGCCAGGAGAUGAUUUUAUUCCUGAGCCACAAAUGGCCAUUCACAUUUCUUCAGGAGAUACAAUGAAUAUAACAGUAUCCAAAAGCUGUCUUACUGUUUUCAACAACUUAGCAAAAGGUUUUUCAGAAGGCACUGCUUCUACUUUCGACUAUUCUUUGAAAGACAGGGCUCCUUUCACUGUAAAAAAUGCUGUGGGUAUUCCCAUUAAGGUGAGGCCCAAUCAUAAUUUCAGAGUUGUGGGCUGCACUGAGAAAAGUCAUAUUUAUGAUGUUGAUGCUGGCCAGAAUUUGGAACUGGAAUAUGCCAGCCUUGAACCUUCACGUCAAGGGAAACUGUCUAUACUGAGCCGUCAAGAAAGUUCCUUCUUCACUCUGACUUUUGUACCUCACGGGUAUACAGAAGUCGCCAACAUCCCCGUUGCCAGGCCGGGACGGCGGUUGUAUAACGUGCGGAAUCCCGGUGCCAGGCAUUCCGACUCGGUCCUGGUGCAGAUCGAUGCCACUGAGGGGAAUAAAGUAAUUACCCUGCGUUCUCCUCUGCAGAUUAAAAACCAUUUUUCUAUUGCUUUUGUCAUCUAUAAAUAUGUUAAGAAUGUUAAGCUAUUGGAGCGCAUUGGAAUAGCCAGACCUGAAGAGGAAUUCCACGUUCCUUUGGAUUCAUAUAGAUGCCAGUUGUUUCUUCAGCCAGCUGGGGUCUUAGAGCACCAGUACAAAGAAUCGACCACUUACAUUUCCUGGAAGGAAGAGCUGCACAGAAGCAGGGAAGUCAGGUGCAUGUUGCAGUGUCCCUCCAGAGAGAUUAACUUUCUGCCUCUCAUCGUGAAUACAGUCGCUCUGCCUGACGAGUUAAGUUACAUCGCUGCACACGGGGAAGACUGGGACCCGGCGUACAUCAUCCACUUGUACCCUCCGCUCACUCUGAGGAAUCUUCUCCCCUAUUCUCUAAGAUAUUUACUUGAGGGAACGGCAGAAACCCAUGAGCUCGCAGAAGGCAGUGCGGCUGACGUUCUGCAUUCGAGAAUCAGUGGAGAAAUAAUGGAGUUAGUCCUGGUGAAAUACCAGGGCAAGAACUGGAGUGGACAUUUCCGCAUAUCUGAUACGCUGCCCGAGUUCUUUCUCGUGUGUUUUUCUUCCGACUCAACAGAAGUAAUGACAGUCGACCUGUCGAUACACGUCCGGCGACUCGGCAGCCGACUGGUGCUGUCUGUCUUCAGUCCCUAUUGGCUAAUCAACAAGACGUCGCGGGUUCUGCAGUAUCGUUCAGAAGACAUUCAUGUGAAACACCCAGCGGAUUUCAGGGACAUUAUUUUAUUCUCUUUUAAGAAAAAGAAUAUUUUCAGUAAAAAUAAGGUACAGUUAAAAAUUUCAACAAGUGACUGGUCCAGUAGUUUCUCCUUGGACACAGUGGGAAGUUACGGGUGUGUGAAGUGCCCUGCCCACAACAUGGAAUACCUGGUUGGCGUUAGCAUCAAAAUGAGCAGCUUUAACCUCUCACGGAUAGUUACUCUGACUCCCUUCUGUACCAUCGCAAACAAGUCAUCGUUAGAACUAGAAGUCGGUGAGAUCGCUUCUGACGGCUCAGUGCCAACCAACAAGUGGCACUAUGUCGCUUCCUCAGAGUGCCUUCCAUUUUGGCCUGAAAAUUUGUCGGGCAAACUUUGUGUAAGAGUGGUGGGCUAUGAAGGUUCUUCCAAACCGUUCUUUUAUAACCGACAGGAUAAUGGCACCUUAUUGAGCUUAGAAGAUCUGAAUGGGGGUAUCUUGGUGGACGUAAACACUGCUGAACAUUCAACCGUCAUAACGUUUUCUGAUUACCACGAGGGAUCUGCACCUGCCCUGAUAAUAAACCACACGCCAUGGGACAGCCUCACAUAUAAACAGAGCGGGUCCCAGGAAGCAAUGGAAUUGCUGCCACAACAAGCUCGACUUUUUGCCUGGGCAGAUCCUACUGGUGCCAGGAAACUCACAUGGAGAUACGCAGCCAAUGUGGGGGAACACGAUCUCCUAAAGGAUGGAUGUGGACAGUUUCCAUAUGAUGCAAACAUCCAGAUCCACUGGGUGUCAUUCCUGGAUGGCCGCCAGAGAGUCUUGCUCUUCACCGAUGAUGUGGCCUUGGUUUCCAAGGCGCUGCAGGCGGAAGAAAUGGAGCAGGCUGAUCAUGAGAUAACCUUGUCUCUUCACAGUCUGGGGCUUUCACUGGUUAACAAUGAAAACAAGCAGGAAGUUUCAUAUAUUGGGAUCACCAGUUCAGGUGUUGUUUGGGAGAUGAAACCAAAACAAAAAUGGAAACCUUUUAGUCAAAAGCAGAUAAUCCUUUUGGAACAAUCCUAUCAGAAAUAUCUAAUAUCAAGAGACCGUGGCUGGAUUAAGAUAGACGGUAAUUUUGAGAUCAAUUUUGAUAGAGUUCCAAUGGAAAUGCGCCUCCCUAUCCGGUGCCCUAUAAAACGAGACUUUUUAUCAGGAAUUCAGGUUGAAUUUAAGCAGUCUCCUCACCAGAGAAGUUUAAGGGCUAGGUUGUAUUGGCUUCAGGUUGAUAAUCAGUUGCCAGGUACGAUGUUCCCUGUUGUAUUUCACCCUGUAGCCCCUCCAAAAUCGAUUGCUCUGGAUUCAGAGCCCAAACCUUUCAUCGAUGUGAGUGUCAUCACAAGAUUUAAUGAGUACAGUAAAGUCUUGCAGUUCAAGUAUUUUAUGGUCCUCAUUCAGGAAAUGGCCUUAAAAGUUGACCAGGGAUUUCUAGGAGCUAUUAUUGCAUUAUUUACUCCAACAACUGACCCUGAAGCUGAAAGAAAACGGACAAAGUUAAUCCAACAAGAUAUUGAUGCUCUAAACACAGAACUAAUGGAGACUUCAAUGACCGAUAUGUCAAUUCUUAGUUUCUUUGAACAUUUCCAUAUUUCUCCUGUUAAGUUGCAUUUAAGUCUGUCUUUGGGUUCUGGAAGUGAAGAAUCAGACAAAGAAAAACAGGAAAUGAUCGCAAUUCAUUCUGUCCACCUGCUGUUGAAAAGCAUAGGAGCUACUCUCACUGAUGUGGAUGACCUUGUAUUCAAACUUGCUUAUUAUGAAAUUCGAUACCAGUUUUACAAGCGAGAUCAGCUCAUGUGGAGUGUUGUUAGGCAUUACAGUGAGCAGUUCUUGAAACAAAUGUAUGUACUUGUAUUAGGCUUAGAUGUGCUUGGAAACCCAUUUGGAUUAAUUAGAGGUCUGUCUGAAGGAGUUGAAGCUUUGUUCUAUGAACCCUUCCAGGGUGCCGUUCAAGGCCCUGAAGAAUUUGCUGAAGGGUUGGUGAUUGGAGUGAGAAGUCUCUUUGGACAUACAGUAGGCGGUGCAGCAGGAGUUGUAUCUCGAAUCACCGGUUCUGUUGGGAAAGGUUUGGCAGCAAUUACAAUGGACAAAGAAUAUCAGCAAAAACGAAGAGAAGAAAUGGGUCGACAACCCAAAGAUUUUGGAGACAGCCUGGCCAGAGGAGGAAAGGGCUUCCUGCGAGGAGUGGUUGGUGGAGUGACUGGAAUAAUAACAAAACCCGUGGAAGGUGCCAAAAAGGAGGGAGCUGCUGGAUUCUUUAAAGGAAUUGGAAAAGGGCUUGUGGGUGCUGUGGCUCGUCCUACUGGCGGAAUCAUAGACAUGGCCAGCAGUACCUUCCAAGGCAUUCAGAGGGCAGCAGAAUCAACUGAGGAAGUCUCCAGCCUCCGCCCUCCUCGCCUGAUCCAGGAAGACGGCAUCAUUCGUCCAUACGACCGACAGGAAUCUGAGGGCUAUGACUUAUUUGAGAAUCACGUCAGAAAGUGGGAAGGAGAGGCUUACCGAUACCACUGUGCUAUCCCUGGGAACAGGAAAACGAUCUUCAUGGUUACAAAUAGACGAGUGUUGUGUAUAAAGGAAGUUGAAAUCCUAGGCCACAUGUCCGUGGACUGGCAGUGUUCAUUCGAAGACUUUGUAUUUCCUCCUUGCGUCAGUGAAAAUCUGCUGAAGAUUUCAGUUAAGGAGCAGGGUCUGUUCCACAAAAAAGACAGUGCUGGUCCAGGCCUCCUUCGGAAAAUUUACCUGAAGGACACCACCACAGCAGAGAGAGCAUUUAAUGCCAUUGAAGAGGCACAGUCAACAAGACACCAGCAAAAAUUGAUGAAGCAAUCAUCGCUGAAAGUUGUCCGGGCCCAAAUACCAUCUUAAUCACAGAUCCCAGGGGGCUGUUGCUGCAAAAAAAAAGCCAGUCAUUGGUCUUGUCUAAAAUUGACUCAUCUUUGUCACGCUAAAGAGAAUUUUUCAAGCAGUCCUUUAAUUUUUUCUCCAGUAGUUAGUUUUUGUCCAUGUUAGUUUUGACUCUAAUUUUGUAACCAUGUGUAUAUUAAUAAUCUACUUCAACACUGCCACCUAGAAAACUGAACUUCAGUGCUGGAAUCCUCAUGGCAUUGGAGGUUCAGAUCCCCACGUCAGCCUGAAGGGCACAUGCUCAAGAUUUUGAUGAACCAGAGGGCUAAGGACGGGGGAUCGCCAACUGAGAGGACUCUGCUGAUGCGACCUCUGUCUCUUUCUCUCAUGCACAUGUUCUCUGUCAUGAAUAAAUAAAUAACUUAGUGGGAAAAUGGAA